AGACUCGCUAGGUUUGCCGAACCAAUCACCCUUAGGGGACACUUAAAAAAAAACAGAGAGCCCUUCUUCUUCUUCAAAAAUCUUCUUCUCGAAGCUUCUUUUUUAAACAAUGGCGAUUACAUCUUCUAGAACCACCACCACCAGAUCAAACGGACCUGCGCUCCGAUCCAAAUCACCGUCGGGAAGAUUCUGCGGCGUUUACUCAAACGGUUCUUCAGGCUUCGCUUCAUCCACAAGCUCGAGUUUCUCGUCUCCGUCGUCAGCGUUUUUCAGCAGCCACAAUCACUACAACACCCAUAACCACCACAGAUCUGCUUCCCCGACGCGUGUGAAUCUCUUCACAUCAGCUCCGAUGACGCAAUCGUUUCGUUACUCUAUCGACAACAGCAGAUCUAUAUCUCCGAAUCGAUCUAUCGCCGUUUCGUCUAACAAGCCUAGCAAUCAUCAUCAUCAUAAGAUUCCGGAUUCGAGGAGGAGAUGUAUGUGUUCUCCGACGACACAUCCUGGUUCGUUCCGGUGUAGUCUACACAAGAACGUAGCGAAUCCACACGGUCAAGGCGCAGCGGCGUAUCCGACGAAUAGUUUGAAUAUGCGUAGAUCUGCUAUGACGAAUUCGCUUGUGAGAAUUGGUGGCGUUGAAGGUGAAUGGGUGAGAAGAGCUUUGACUACGUUGAUUAGACCCUCGUCUCAUCAACUCAAGAGACGAGCUGCGUAUGAGCCUCGUCGUAGCAGACUCGCCUCUAUGUCGAAAGCAGAAGAAGCUCAUUAAAAAAAAAAAAAACCUCUGGUUGUUUUCAGGUUUGUUCCUUGUUUUUUGAAAUCGGCCACAGGAAAAAAUUAUCGUUUCUGGAUGAGCUUUUGAGAUCCGUCAAGAUCCGCCGAGGAAUAUUGUCAGAUCUGCCGUGAACGAGUUGAGUCAGACCGGACGGAGUCGAAAUCGGAGCUGAGUUAAAACCGGGUGCGAGAAUUGUAAAACGGUGAAAGAGAAACGACACCGUUUUUGUGUAGUUGGGUUGAGAAGGAUGAGAUGAUGAUUGUACAUACAGAUAUUGCUUAUUGAAGCAGACUGAAAAAAAAAAGAAAUUUCGCAGAAAUCUAAAAAUUUGGAAAAUAGUAUAGUGACGAAUUGGGUAAUUAAAAUCUGGAAAAGGACUUAGUUGCAAAUUGUGUUUUGGUUCCCUUAAUUUUGCAAUUCUUCUUCUCUCCAUAGUUCGUUGCCUUCACUGUGUUCCGUCAAGUCAACGUUCUCCGUUCUCCGUUGACCCCGUUCCGUUUGCCGUUAACCGUCGUCGUGUUCGUGUAUGCCUCGUUAAUGUGUGUUCCGUUAUAAUUUCCAGGUUUCGUACAAUGAGGAGAAGAGCCAUAACUUAAACUGACCGUUACGUUCAACUUUGGAGUAUUUUUGGCUUUUUUUAGUGGACUUUGAAAAAUAUGAAAUUGGAAGAGAAAAAUCAAACUAAUUGACCUGAAAACACGUUAUGAGAGGAGGACGACGGAGUUUGGAACCAAGGUGAAAAUGAAAAUGAAUUUGAUUCCUUAAAAAUGAUUAUCAAGGUUAAUUUGGGAGCUACAUAUAUGAGAAAGAUUCAAAGGAUUCGUAAUUUGGACAUUAAAAAAAGAUUCUUGGGGGUAUAUAUCGAACUUGUGAAUCAGAGAUUCCUAAAAAAGAUUCGAGGUUAAAUGUGGAAGAUGCAAAGGAAUCAUCGGCAUUAAAACCGCUUACGAAGAAGGAGAUGAUAUGGUAAAUGAUGAAACACUUUUAAGGGUAAUUUAGGAAAGUGAAAUUGGAGGGAUAUAUUUGGGAUAUACUGUAUGUGGGAAAAGGACAGCUGGGUUGAUGAAUGGAGAACAACAAAACAUGAAAUUGAAAAGAUAAAACAAAUGGAGAGAAAGAAGAUUACGUUGGGAGGUUCCAACUAAUAAGAAAAUUAGGGUAGAAAAAGGGUGAAAGAAUAUAAGAGAAUUGGUGGUAGAGACACGGCUUCCUUAUCUCGAGGAUUAAAAGUUAGGUCCAUUAUGGUUUAUGCAUCAGUCGAUUUUUAUAGAUCCUUUGAUUAAUUUAAUUAAUUAACAUGCUACUUAGGUUUGAUUUGUUGACCGAGUAUGAGAUAAUAUUGUAAUCUAUACGUACUA